CAAUAGAAGGACACUUGGCUUUCCUUAGUCAGUAUAUAAGGGGAUCCUAAGUCAGUCUCAGCACAGUCACUCCUCAAACCCUGCACGAUGACGUCUAAGACGAUCAUUGCCAUCUUAGCAGUGGUGCUUUUUGGGAUCGUAGCAGGUGAUCCUGUUGCUGAACCCGAAGCCAAAGCUGAUCCUGGAUUCCAUAGAGGAUUUGGUGGAGGAUUUGGUGGAUUUGGUGGCCAUGGAUUCGGAUAUGGAGGCUACCGUGGCAAAAGGAGCCCAGUAGCUGAUCCUGAAGCUGAGCCUGGAUUUAUUCAACGUGGAAUCGGUGGAGGACAUGGAGGAUUUGGAGGUCACGGAUUCGGAUAUGGGGGCUACCGUGGAAAGAGGAGCCCAGUAGCUGAAGCUGAACCCGGAUUCCAUAGAGGUUUUGGUGGAGGAUUUGGAGGAUUUGGUCAUUUUGGAGGCGGCAGAUAUUAUGGCUAAGAAAAUAUGUGGAGGUUCUUCCAUCAUGAGUCCAAAAAUAAAGAAGCAUUACCAAAAUA